AUGGCAAAAAAAAUGGACAACGAAAAGAACCAGAGCGAAGAAAAGAACAAAAAAAAGGCGCCAUUCCGUAUUAUAAUCUCGAAGAGUUCAAAGAAAAAAUCGCCCGAGGCUGAUGUGUCCACCGCAGACAUUGCUAUUUUUCUGAUAUUUUUAGUAUUUUUUAUUCUUAUGGUUGGAAUAAUGGUAUUUCUUUACGUUUCUGGAAGUACCAGAAGUUCACAUUUCCACAGUCCCCCGCAGUCAACAAGUCCACAUGCUGCGCAAACAUCACCUCAGGCAUAUCCACAGGCUCAUCCCUUUAAACCAUCCCCUUCAGCUCCUCCUCUCUCCUCAUUCGAACCUGCUCCUUCGGCUCCUCCUCUCUCCUCAUUCAACGAACCACCUCCCUCAUAUGAAAGUGUUAUCACAGGGGAGGAGGGGAGAUACAACCAUAACCGUCUCCGUUUCUACCACCAGUGA